AUGUGGUGCUUUUGGAAUAUUUAUCUAGCUUACUGGUUUUCGAAUUUUAUAGAUCAUUAUGUUAACUGGCAAUGGAUAUUUCGUAUUUUAACAAUAUAUAGUGGUAUCAUUUUUUUCUUAAUUAUAUCUUUUAUCCCUGAAACUUUUUGUCAGUCAGAUUUAACCUCUAAAUCUAAAUCGUCUCAAAAUAAUUUUAAUCCAAUUGCUCCAUUAAAGUUAUUAGGAUAUAAAAGGUCAUAUAAUCUUUCACCUUCAUUUAUUGGAUUAUUAUUUCUUGCGCCUACUAUGGGAUUUGUUAUUGGAAGUCUUGUUGGUGGAAAAGAUUCUGAUUUCAUGUUACUUAGAGCCAGAAAAAAAGAUGAAUCUGUUUAUCCAGAAACGAGAAUAAAAAGUGUAACA